AUUUUAAUAACAGAAACGCAUAAAAAGUAAAAGAAAAAUAAAAAAACAUUGACAAUUUCUAAAAAUAUAAGAUUAAGAAUUUUUAUUAUUAUAACAAAGAAUAAAUGUCAGAAGCGAAUAAAUGACAAUCACAGCCCUUAAUAACAAACAACUUAACCUGAAUUUUUAAUUUUCUUUAUGUCAAAAUGUGAUAAUUUCUCUCAAGAUUAAUAACAAUUAUUCAGUAAGUUAAAAAUUCAUUAUCUGCGAAAUGUCAUUCGCAGGAAAGUUUCAUUAACUAUUUCCUUUGAGGAGAUGAGUGCUCGUAGUUAUGGUGCAAAAGUUCCCCGGUGCAAAGCUUAUUGGACUGCUCCUAAGACAAAUCACGCAGCCAUUGUCAAGGGCGAUAGUGAUGCGUGUGAAGAAACGACCGCUCCUAAGAAAAUAUUUUCUGAUUCAAUUGGGACGUUUUUAUUAUUGGUGCGAGAAUGUGAUAAAAUGGGAAAAAAUUCCAGCGAAAAAAAGACUCGUUGAUGACGAGCGUACACUAAAACUAGGCACGGACUUACUACUCGAGGUAACGGUAGCAAUUAUGGGAUCGUCACGCGCAUUAUUGAAGUACUAACUUUAUUCCUCUUCCCAGGCAUUAGCCUUUGGGAUAUUAGGCAGUGUACUUGUAUACGAGGCGCAAAGGUCCGCAGAGAAGUCGAGCGUCGCCGAACAAUUGAGAGAUCAGGAGCUCAAUGAUUUAGAGACGGAGAAGGAUCGACUGA